UUGAGGUUCAUGGCAGUUAUAAAGAGUGCGAAUGAAGUAGCCAGCAGUGCUAUUUUCCUUUUGGCAUUCCGUUUCCUGUGGAUGGUAAAUGCCGAGACAAUAGCGAAGACACCCGAAUAUUGUUUCCGCCUUGAUCAAGGGAAUCCACAAUACUUCAAAAAUGAAUCAUGGCAGACGACUAACCUCGGAGAACUUCUUCAGCAAAUGCUGCAGUGCUACGAUUCACGAGUUAGAGUUGAACACGGAGGAAGAGGGAAUCCUACAGAGGUCCAUGUCAGCAUGUACAUUUUGUCCAUUGGGAAUUUCCAAGUUCGCGAUAUGGAUUUCCAACUGUCGUUUUACUUCAGACAACAAUGGCGGGAUGCUCGGUUAGCUUAUAAGAACCAUUUCCACGAAGAAAAAAUUACUUUGGGAGGAGCAAUCCUGAAACAACUUUGGCUUCCACAGACCUAUUUUGUCAACAAAAAGGGAGCCAGCGCAAGUACAGAUGCCAAUUUUUUUGUGCGAAUUUUUCCCGAUGGAUCCGUACUUGUGAUCACCAAAAAUACUCUGACAAUGGACUGCUACAUGGAUUUAAGAAACUUCCCGUUUGAUGUCCAGAAGUGCAACUUGACUUUGGAGAGCUUUGGAUUUACCACUAAAGAUGUGGUUUAUAAGUGGGUUUCGACGGACAGCAGCGAAGCAGUGGAAAAAGAUCCGGGGCUUACAACAUCAGAGUUUGAUAUUGGUCCUAUAAGAAUAUUCGAAUCCACAACGAUGUAUAAAACAGGGCUGUUUUCUGGUCUAAAAAUGGAAUUGAAUUUCCAACGAAGAUCUAUUUAUUACUUGAUUCAAAUCUACGUGCCAAGUGCGAUGAUCGUGGUUCUUUCGUGGAUCUCCUUCUGGAUUGACAACCAGUCGAUUCCUGCCAGAACGGCGCUUGGCAUUACCACUGUGCUCGCCAUGACAACACUGCUAUUUGGUGUCCAGUCUUCUCUGCCCAGUGUGCCGUAUAUCAAAGCUGUAGAUCUGUUUAUGAUUGUAUCAUUUGCUGCUGUCUUCGUUGCACUGGUGGAGUUUGCGGUUGUUAAUUAUACGAGCAUGCGUGAGAAGGAACAAAAGGAAUCAAGAGCCACGAAAAAUAAGUAUACUGUGAACCCAGAAGUUGUUAUGCUAAACUUCCGCAAUUUGUCUUACGAGGGCGACGGAAAAGGUGAACAUCAUAUGCAAAAUGGCGUCGUCCACAACGGUACUGUGAAUGAUAUUGAGAACGACAACGCUGAUGUUCAUAAGAUGGAAGAACUACACAGUAACGGUACCAUUGGUGAACACGCGCCACGUGAUCGCAAAGAUUCGUCGCGUGAUCUGUCGCAUGUCUUUGAACCUUCUCGCUCGAACAAGUGUCGCUGGCGAUGUAAAGUCACAGCCAAUGGAAUAGACGCUUGGUCACGUAUUCUGUUUCCUCUGGCGUACGGACUUUUCAUAGUAGCUUACUGGAUUAUUUAUUCAGCAAAUACGGAGAAAAGUUCCUGAUCUGUGUCUUUUGACAAACACGCAAUUUUCAAUUCGCUGAGCUUCUCAUGUCCUUACACAUAUGCGGAAAGAACAGAGCAAAUCAACAUGACUCAAAAAUAACUUUUAAGUACGAAAUUAAAGGUAAACUGAAAAGAAUAACAAAAAGAAUAUCUUCUUCGCCGGGUAUUCUCCGUCAUUCACUCGUUCGUUAUUUUAUAGCUGUGAAAAUUCAAGGCACCGUUCUUGGAAAAAGAUUUAAAUCGCGUUUGAAUUGUCCCAUAAAUUUCAAAUUGAUUCUCUCUCUCUGACAAAUGGGAUAGGUAUAUAGUUAUUGUACGUGCACGACGCAUUUAAGAAGUCGUUUUGAAAAUUUUCUGAACUUGGAAUUUUCCAGGUUGUUGAUGUGUGAAACUUGGGAGUUUUGGAAAAUAAUCUUGACAUUCGGAACGCCAAAAAAAAAAAACAUUAACAUUUCUCUUUUUAAAAUACAUUGGUUAGUUAAGGGCGAAAUGGAGUGAAUUUCAUUUUUCUUCGUUCUGAACGACGUCGCCAAAUGUUUUUUUUUUCAUAAAUUUAUAUUCAUUAACAUUAACGUUUAUGAAAUCCAAAAGUUUGAUGUGAAUCCAGCAUUUGUGGUGCAUACACUUUGCAAAUUUGAAGAAGUCCUGCUCUCUGCUUGCGGAUGAGCCUAGCUCAGUAUCCGAUGAUUUGUCCCAUGUUAGGGAUGGCACUAAAAUGAUUCCUUGAAAAAAUGUCCAAUCUCGAAAAACUUUCAUCCGAUCUCAAAAUCUAAUCAGCGUUUGUGAGGAGUUUUGCAAUCUCGCACCUCUAUUAAAAUCCUCAGCCAUGGAUUUCUUCUCAGAGCCGAGGGUGUUAAGAGCUCAAGUAGCUUGGAAUUAUCGUUGUGAGCAGCGAAAGUCUGUCAAUAAUCCUCUAAGUAAAAUAGCAGUUUGACUACGUUCCGUCCCUCCUCUUGGGCGAAGUCCUUUACGCAAGUAAAAAAAAUCAGUGUAAAAAAAUUAAUGUUAGCGCGCCGCACAGAACUGUUGGAGUGAGCGCACCGAGAGAGUCUCGGAUUUUCAAACAGGCCUGAGUCCUCGGUUUACCAUCCGCCAUCUCUGACGCUGGUAGGUAGCUAAGUGUAACUAAUAUAAUAGACUUAGAUUGCACAUUUGGUUAAAGUUUAAUAAAAAUAUUUAAAAGCAAUUUAUAGGAAAUAAAUACAAUUAAUAUUCAACUGA